AAUCUGGCCGAACCGAGCGCGAUUGGUGUCGUUCGCGCCGUGCCGGUUUUGCUUGAGGAAGGCCGCGUCGGCAGGCUUCGCAUCGCGCCCUUUGUGCGAACAGUUGAACGCACAAUGAACGACAGGAUGAACAUGGCGCCGGCUCAGUCGGCGAUGGCCGAUCGUUGGAACGCCAACGCUGCUGCCGCAGAGUCCAGGGGCCUGCCCGCCCGCGACAGUCCACAGCCGCCUAAAGGCCGUUGGGAGCGCCCACGCGGAGCGAUGGCCGCGGCGAUGGACCCGGUGCUGGAGCAGCUCUCGUACUUGCGCGGCCCCACCAGCGGCCUCGAGACACGCACCGUCGAGCCAAAAAAGUUCACCGGUCGGUGCCGCCUGUUCGUGGGAAACCUGCCCAACAACUUCACUGAGGAACAGUUCCGCAAGCUCUUCGAGAACUAUGGCGAAGUCGCUGAGAUAUUCCUUAACACCGCCAAGGGCUUCGGCUUCGUCAAACUGGAUACGCGGCAGAAUGCUGAAGCAGCUAAAGCUGCCUUGGACUUUAUGCCAAUGCAACAGAAACCACUGCGUGUGCGCUUUGCUACCCAUGGGGCUGCCCUCAGAGUGAAGAACUUCAGCCAGUGGGUGACCAACGAGCUUCUGGAGCUUGCCUUCUCAGUCUUUGGAGAGGUAGAAAGAGCUGUGGUCAUUGUGGACGAUCGUGGUCGCUCAGUGGGCGAGGGCAUCGUCGAGUUUUCACGCAAGCAGGCAGCCCAACAGGCACUGAAGCGUUGUUCUGAGGAGUGCUUUAUCUUGACAAGCACCCCUCGUCCUGUGGUGGUUGAACCGCUGGAGCAGCGUGACGAAGACGAUGGCCUGCCAGAGAUGAACUUUCAGCCAAACAACAAGCAGUUCCAGAAGGAGCGGGAGGCAGGUCCCCGGCUGGCUGAGGUGGGCUCGUUUGAAUACGAGUUUGCUAUGCGUUGGAAGAAACUGUACGACGAUGAACGGGCACGUCGCGAGCAGCUUGAGCAGGAUGUCCUUUCGUGCCGCCGCUCACUUGAGGACCAGAUGGAGGCACUUCUCUACGAGCACGAGGCCAACAUGUUGCGUGAGAAGCUGCGGAGAAUGGAGGAGCAGAGCAGCCUUAUGGCCCGGGAGCGAGAGAUGAGGCGGGAGGAAGAACGCAGGCGUGAAGAAGAGAGGCGUCGCCGUGAAGAGGCACUCUUCCAGCAGCAGCGGCAAGAGGACGAGAUGCGCUCCCGACGACGGGAAGAAGAAUUUCGAGGUGUGCCCCCACCACCACCACCUCCUGGAUUGUUAGCCAUGGCUGCCUAUGAAAGUGGAUACCGUGAUGGGGCACCACCCGGGGGAAAUACAGCUGCGCAGCGGCAGUCCCGGUUUGACCAAGGCAUAGCCGGGCAAGGGAGCCCUGGUCAGCAGCCACCGCAGCCAUCAAUGGGGGCAGGUGCUAUGAAUGGCACCAGAAGUGCACCUGGAGGCCUCAGAGACAUGAUGAUGCGCAGAGAUGUUCUGGACCGUGGAGAUUAUGACAUGGAAGCCAAGCGUGCACGCCGAUACUAAUUAACGAGGGUUUUAGUUUUGGUGUGGCAAACAUUCUGCCGCUCUGCCCUGUCUGCUGCUGGCUCUGACAGUCAUGUGCUCUCUCUUUCACAAGCUGGUUUACAUGACUGUCUGGGCAGUUGUGGAGAAAUGCCAAUGCACCAAACAGACACCUCCGGUGCAUGUCCCUCGAAGCAUCCGCACAUUUAAUCGUGUAAGCAUGACAAAGUCAUUGUGUUGUCCAAUGUCCAUGUCUCAAAUAAAUAGACCUAGUGUCACAUUACUUGCCAUGCUUCAUUUCACUUUGUAACCUCGUAAUGUUGGUAUGUAAUAAAGAGGGUAGUAUGGCAUAGUA